AUGUCGUUCAGCUCGACAUACAUUGGCUUACCCUGGAGUAAGGAAGCCGCCACGAGUAUGCGUCGUUCAGCUUCGGAAGCAACACAUCGUCCAAGCAUAAUCGCCCCCUCGCGUUCAAGCGCAGAGGCCAGCCGUUCCAGCAUAGAUUUCGACCCGGGCGAGUUCGACUCCUCGAAUUACCGAUUCCCCCUGUAUUCGGACACCUUCCGGAUAGCCGUCAUCGGUUCUUUGAACUUUGACCACAUCUGGGUUGUCCCUCGACUGCCACAACCAUCAGAGACUUUGAUGAUUGGCAAGCACAGGACCACCCCGGGGGGCAAGGGUGCCAUACAAGCAAUAGCGUGUGCCAGACUCUCGCACACGCGCAAUGCAGGCUCUGACGUCGGCGUCGGUCGUUUCUCCCGGAGAGCUGACUCUGCCAGCGCCCCUUCUGGGAGAAGGCACAGUAGCAUGGAUCUCAAGAAGGGUGACAUCAAAGUCAGUAUGAUUGGUGUUGUGGGACAGGACUCCGCGGGAGACAGAAUCGUGCAAGCUCUGUACGCGGACAGGGUUGACACCGAACAUAUCGUCCAGUGCCGAGAGGAGGAGACGGGGAGAGCGAGCAUUGCUCUGGGAAAGAACGGCGAGAACAACGUGCUGGUCUGCCCGGGCGCCAAUUACAAGCUCACCCCGAGCCAGAUUCGCACAGAUCUUCGGGAAGGUUUUCCACAUCUCCUAAUUCUGCAGAUGGAAAUCCCCGUUCCCACCGUUGAACAUCUCAUCAGAAAAGCCGCAAAAGAGAGGAUCCCGGUUUUGCUCAAUGCAGCCCCGGUAAUGGACGAGUUCCCGCGGGAACUCCUUCGCUCUGUGGAACACCUCAUCGUCAACAAGCUCGAAGCGGAAGACCUCCUCAAACAACGCCGGACCGAACAGGAGGGAAAUCGAGAAGCAGAAAUAGCCAAGGGAAGAGAACUAUGCAGGUCGUUACUGGGGAUGGGUGUGAAGUAUGUGGUCGUCACGAUGGGUGGCCACGGGGGAGUAGCCGGCACAAGACAGCAAGGUGGUGAAUUACACAUGGUUGAUUACAAGGCGGCAGGUGUCGAAAAGGUCGUCGACACCACAGGCUGCGGCGGUGUCUUUAUCGGGGCGUAUGCGGUCCAGUACAUCAGGCAGAAGUUCCCCCCGGGAAAAGGAUUUGACAUUGAUCGAGCUGUGAAGUGGGCAGCCAAGGCAGCUGCCUUGAAGGCGCAAUCCUUUGGCUCUCUCGAUGGAAUACCAUGGGAGGAUGAGCUGGAGGCCGCUGCGUGA